AUGCUAACGGACAAACGUGAAAAGGUCAAGGUUCUUCUUUGCCUGUACGACGGCGGUGAGCACGCCCGUGAUGUCCCAGCUCUCCUCGGUACCACCGAGAACGAGCUUGGUAUCCGCAAGUGGCUCGAGGACAGAGGACACACCCUCGUCACCACCUCCGACAAGGAGGGCCCCAACUCCGUCUUCGAGAAGGAGCUCGUCGAUGCUGAGAUCAUCAUCACCACCCCAUUCCACCCCGGUUACCUCACCGCUGAGCGUCUUGCCAAGGCCAAGAAGCUCAAGAUUGCCAUCACCGCUGGUAUCGGAUCUGACCACGUCGACCUGAACGCUGCCAACAAGACCAACGGCGGUAUCACCGUCGCUGAGGUCACUGGCUCCAACGUCGUCUCCGUCGCUGAGCACGUCCUCAUGACCAUCCUCGUCUUGGUCCGCAACUUCGUCCCUGCCCACGAGCAGAUCCAGGCUGGUGACUGGAACGUUGCCGCUGCCGCCAAGAACGAGUUCGACCUCGAGGGCAAGGUCGUCGGUACCGUCGCUGUCGGCCGUAUCGGUGAGCGUGUCCUCCGCCGUCUCAAGCCCUUCGACUGCAAGGAGCUCCUCUACUUCGACUACCAGCCUCUUAAGCCUGAGGUUGAGAAGGAGAUUGGCUGCCGCAGAGUCGACACCCUCGAGGAGAUGUUGGCCCAGUGCGAUGUCGUUACCAUCAACUGCCCUCUCCACGAGAAGACCCGCGGUCUGUUCAACAAGGACCUGAUCGCCAAGAUGAAGCCUGGAUCUUGGCUCGUCAACACCGCCCGUGGUGCCAUCGUCGUCAAGGAGGAUGUCGCCGCCGCCCUCAAGUCCGGCCACCUCCGUGGAUACGGUGGUGAUGUCUGGUUCCCUCAACCCGCCCCCAAGGACCACCCUCUGCGCUACGCCAAGAACCCCUUCGGUGGUGGAAACGCCAUGGUGCCCCACAUGUCCGGUACCUCCCUCGACGCCCAGAAGCGCUACGCCGACGGUACCCUUGCCAUCCUCGACAGCUACCUCUCCGGCAGACACGACUACCGUCCCCAGGACCUCAUCGUCUACAAGGGAGACUACGCCACCCGCUCCUACGGACAGCGCGAGAAGAUCAACGCCUAA